CCUGCUUCUUUCAUUACUGGAUUGCUUCAGAAUGCUCUUUAUUUUCAAGCUGGACUUGGAUUCCUAGCCAAUAUGUUUCUUCUUUGUUUCUAUAUUUACAUAAUCCUAGGUCACAGACCUAAGCCCACGGACCUGAUCUCCUGUCAACUGACCUUUGUUCACAUAAUCAUGUUCCUCACUGGAGGGGAUAUUUGGCUUACAGAUUUAUUUGAGUCAUUGAACAUUAAGAAUGACUUCAAAUGUAAGGCAACUUUUUACAUAAGCAGAGUGAUGAGAGGCCUCUCUAUCUGUACCACCUGCCUCCUGAGUGUGUUCCAGGCUGUCACUAUCAGUCCCAGUACAUCACUGUUGGCAAAAUUUAAACAAAAACUAAAACAAUACACGAUAUAUGCUUUUUUAUGUAUGUGGUCCUUCAAUUUGUCCUUCAGUAGUUACCGAAUCUUCUAUGUUGGUGCUUAUACCAAUGGGAGUAAGACCAAACAGUUGAAGGCCACUAAAUAUUGCUCACUCUUACCCAUGAACCACAUCAUCAGAGGACUGAUUUUAACAGUGACAACUUCCAGAGAUGUGUUUCUUGUUGGAGUCAUGUUAACCACAAGUACAUACAUAAUGAUUAUCUUGUUCAGGCAUCAGACACAAUGCAAGUAUCUUCAUUGCAUCAGCCACCUGAGAGCAUCUCCGGAGAAAAAGGCCACCCAGACCAUCUUGUUGCUGGUGUUUUGCUUUGUGGUCAUGUAUUGGGUAGACUUCACUAUCUCAACGACCUCCACCCUGUUAUGGAUGUAUGACCCAGUCAUCCUGACUGUUCAGAAGUUUGUGAUGACUGUCUAUCCCACAAUUACUCCUUUGGUACAAAUGAGUUUUGAUAGUAGAAUAAUAAUUAUGCUGAAAAACCUGCAGUCAAAACACCACCAUACAAUUUUUUAA